GUAGUUAAAUAGAGAGGGGGAGUGAACUGGAGAGCGCAGUCCGUCUGGAUUUAAUGUAGAAGCGGUAGAAGCAUCACUCCGAUCGAGAAAUUACAAACGUUCUCUUUCAUUUUUCAGCGGAGCCGUGUGCGGGAGCGAGGACGAAACUUGAACCAUGUGCGGGAUCUUUGCCUACCUGAAUUACCAAGUGCCUCGCACCAGAAAGGAGAUAUUUGAGACGCUGGUGAAGGGACUGCAGAGACUGGAGUACAGAGGGUACGAUUCAGCAGGUAUUGCUGUGGAUGGCCCUAGCAAGACAACAAGUGACGGAAACAAUAACAGCAUCUGUUUAAUCAAGAAGACAGGGAAGGUCAAGGCUCUGGACGAGGAGCUUUACAAGAAGGACUCGCUGAACCUUGAUGAAGAACUGUGCACACACUUUGGCAUCGCUCACACCCGAUGGGCCACCCACGGAGAGCCGAGCGCUCUCAACAGCCAUCCUCAUCGCUCUGAUAAGGAUAAUGAGUUUGUCGUCAUCCAUAACGGCAUCAUUACCAACUACAAAGAGCUGAAGAAGUACCUGAUCAACAAAGGUUACGAGUUUGAGUCAGAGACAGACACAGAGGUGAUCCCGAAGCUGAUCAAAUAUGUUUAUGACAACAGAGAGAAUGACAGCAUCACUUUCUCCAAGCUAGUAGAGAGGGUGAUUAAACAGCUGGAGGGGGCCUUUGCUCUCGUGUUUAAAAGCCGUCAUUUCCCCGGAGAGGCCGUGGCAACCAGGAGAGGAAGUCCUAUGGUCAUCGGUGUGCGAAGUGAGCAUGAGCUGCUGACUGAGCACAUCCCCGUGCAGUACAACAGUGCUCAACACAAGGAGGAAGUCCAUGAGAGGAACAGUCGCAACCGAGCUGACAGCUCCAGCGCCAUCAACUCUGUGGGGGAUGGCAGGGCUGUGGAGUUCUAUUUUGCUUCUGACGCCAGUGCCAUCAUUGAGCACACCAACAAGGUGUUGUACAUGGAGGAUGAUGACAUAGCAGUAGUGACCGGAGGGAAACUCUCCAUCCACAGAAUGAACCGGCAGGCCGGUGAAGACCCAGUCAGAGCUAUCAUGACCCUACAGAUGGAGCUGAAGCAGAUCAUGAAAGGAAACUUUGAUGCCUUCAUGCAGAAGGAGAUCUUUGAGCAGCCGGAGUCAGUAGUCAACACGAUGAGGGGCCGCAUUUGUUUUGACACCAAAAAAGUUGUUCUCGGAGGGUUGAAGGACCACCUGAAAGAAAUAAAGCGUUGCAGACGGCUAAUCAUGAUCGGCUGUGGCACGAGUUUCCACGCUGCGGUGGCUACCAGACAGAUCCUCGAGGAGCUGACGGAAUUGCCUGUCAUGGUGGAGCUGGCCAGCGACUUCCUGGACCGUAUCACACCUGUUUUCAGAGAUGAUGUUUGCUUCUUUAUCAGCCAGUCAGGAGAGACAGCAGACACUUUGAUGGCACUGCGCUACUGCAAAGAACGGGGAGCUCUGACAGUUGGUGUAACGAACACUGUUGGCAGCUCUAUCUGCAGAGAAACCGACUGUGGAGUCCACAUAAAUGCUGGGCCCGAGAUAGGAGUGGCUAGCACAAAGGCUUACACCAGUCAGUUUGUCUCACUCAUUAUGUUUGGCUUGAUGAUGAGUGAGGACAGACUCUCCCUACAGAAGAGAAGAGAGGAGAUCGUCCACAGCCUCAAGAUGCUACCUGAACUGAUAAAGAAGGUGUUGUCCCUGGAUGAGAAGAUCAAGACCAUUGCCAAUGAACUGUAUCAGCAAAGGUCACUUUUGGUUAUGGGUCGAGGUUUCAACUAUGCCACCUGCCUAGAGGGGGCACUGAAAAUUAAGGAGAUCACUUACAUGCACUCGGAGGGCAUCCUAGCUGGGGAGCUGAAGCACGGUCCUCUUGCACUCGUUGACAAACACAUGCCAGUCAUCAUGAUCAUCAUGAGGGACGCCUGCUACACAAAAUGCCAGAAUGCUCUGCAGCAAGUCACCGCCAGAUCGGGUCGGCCCAUCAUCAUCUGUUGCCAGGAUGACACAGAGUUGACUAAGAAUGCCUACCAGACCAUCGAACUGCCGCAAACUGUGGACUGCCUGCAGGGUAUCCUCAGCGUCAUCCCUUUGCAGCUUAUGUCAUUUCACUUGGCUGUCCUCCGAGGAUAUGAUGUUGACUUUCCCAGAAACCUGGCCAAGUCUGUGACAGUGGAAUAAUUACAGUUCACAAAGCCCUGGAGAGGAGAGACAGCUCUUUAGGAGAUUAACAGUGCAAUAGUGCAAUCAAACAUUAAGUGUGUGUGUGUGUGUGUGUGUGUGUGUG